AUGAGCCUGGAGAAUCAGAGGAACAUCGCCGCCAACCGCAGGCUUAUCGCGGAGCUCCAGGCCUCCGUGGAGGAGGCCGCCAGCUGCGCCACGCGGAGGGUCGAGUGGCUCCUCCGCGACGCCUCGGGGCAGCUCGCUGCAGACCCUGGCCGGGAGGGUGACAGGCCGGCGAGCUGGAGGUCGCCGCCGUUCGAGGCGGCCUGCGCCCGCGGGCUGUGGCUGGAGCUGCGCGUGCACCAGCCAGCCGCCGAGGGCGAGCCGGGGGGCGACUGCGAGGUGUGCAUCUGGGGGCCGCGGGGCCUCAGCCUCGUCUGCCGCCUCCACGUUGGCGGGGCCGCGGUGCAGCGCAGCCACACCUUCGACGGGGAGGGCGCCUGCGCGAGCGGCCGCCUGGGGGUCCUCGCCGACCUCGCCGCCGCGGACGGCUCCGUGCGCCUGGGCGUAGAGAUCUUGGAGGCCACUCGCGAGGUGGCCAGGGAGCCGGCGGUGCAGCUGGUUGCCUGCGACAGCAGCAACACGCCGAGGGACCAGAGCGUGGGAGGCAAGCAGUGUGGGGGCGACAUCACCCUCCACCGCUACCUCAACCACAGAACUCUGGAUCUGGUGCAGGGCCAGGUGGAGCUCAUGCAGUCGCGCAUGGUGCGACGCAUCGAGUGGGACGUCCAGCAGGCGUCGCUUCUCCAGCAGUGCUUCCCGAUGGGCGAGGCCGUCUGCAGCACGACCUUCGAGGCCGCCGGCAUCCAGGGCCUGCAGCUGGUGUUCUACCCCUCCGGCUGCUCCGGCGCCCGGGACGGUUGGUGCUCGUGCUUCGUGCAUUGCCCAGCAGGCUCCUCGCUCCGGUGCGCCCUCUGGGUAGGCCGGCAGCGGCGCGAAGCGAAGCUCGCCUUCGAGAAGCAGGGCCACUUCGGCCGGACCAACUUCUGCCGCUUCGACCAGUGCCUCGACCCGUCGGAGGACGUGGUCCGCCUGACGCUCGAGAUCGACGAGGCGCAGCAGCAGGUGACCGAGACGCUCGUCCACACGGCCGCUCCCCACCCGCCGCCGGGUGCCCCGCCGCCGCAGACGCCCCGGCAGUUGAGCACGAUCAGCAGCAGCCUGCGCUUGACGCGGGCUCCUGGCAGAGAGGAGCUCAAGAGCGUGCGGCAGCUGCCAUCGAUUUGGACUGGCCAGCCCCUGUCGGGCAUCGCGGACUCCAUGGACGGGUUCCGCACUUUCGGCGACCUGAAGGCGGCGCCCCGGAAGCGAGGGGACGGCAUUGGCCCAGGCAGCCCACUGAGCCCGCUGGUGCCGCCAGGCUCUGCGCGCGGCCGCGCCAGGCCGGCCGUGCAGGUCGACCCCAAGUACAGCAUGUACGUGGCGUGA